AUGCCGCCGCCAGCGAACCUGAUCACGAAGCUCAAAGUCCAGCUCAAGCUGUCCAUCGCGCGGCUGCGCAUGGUGCAGCAGCGCGAUGAAGCGAUGGGCAAGACGCAGAGGAGGGCGAUGGCCCAGCUGCUGGAAGUGGGGAAGAUCGAUUCGGCCAGGAUAAGGGUCGAGAAUAUCAUCCGGUCUGACAUCACCACCGAACUGCACGAGAUCCUCGAGCUCUACUGCGAAUUGCUGCUGGCGCGCGCUGGCCUGCUCGAGGGCCACACCUGCGACCCCGGGUUGGAGGAAGCCGUCAAGAGCGUCAUAUAUGCUGCGCCGAAGACGGAAAUUAAAGAGUUGCAGCAGGUGCGGAUACUCCUGGCAGAGAAGUACGGCAAAGAAUUUGUGUUGUCCGCUAUGGAGAACUCAGACCAAAAGGUCUCGGAGAAGGUGAUCAAGAAGCUCAGCGUCACCCCGCCCCGGGAGGAGCUCGUCCAGGGAUAUCUGGAGGAGAUUGCUAGAGCCUACGGGGUCGACUGGCCGAAGCGGCCCAAAGAUCUAGGCGAACCCCCGAAAUUCGCUGACGACGACGGCGAUGGCGACGGCCCGAGCGGCGGCCAGGCACAGAAGGUCCCCGAACCCGCCCUCCUCGCGGAUAGCAAAGCUGCCAAAGAACGGGACGACUUGAGCCGAGCGACGCCACCGCGAUCCCUGGGACAGAACACUCCGCUGCACGUCAACCCGCCGAGCCCCUCCACAGACAACCCUCGUCCGAAAGUGACGCUGAACUCGAUGGAGCUGAAGCCUAGUCAGAAAAUGGUGGACGCCGGCAUAGCAAAAGGGGGCGGUGACCAGAAGAGAGACAACAAGGGUGACGGAAUACCUGAAAUCAACGAAUUGGCUGCUCGAUUUGCCGCUCUGAAGCGGUAG